GCGGGGCGCCGGGACCGCGAGUUCCGGGAUCCCCAGCCGCGGAGGUACGGGGGCCCGGGCGGCCGUGGGCCUCGUCGGGCUUAUUCUUGGCGGCGGCGGGCGGCCAUGGCGCGGGAGCCGAGCCUCCGGCUGCUGCUGUCGCUGCUGCUGCUCUGCCGGGCCCCGGUGUGCAGCUCCGGCCCGCUGCCCCUGAUCCUCAACACUUGGCCUUUCAGGAAUGCAGCCGUAGCAGCGUGGAGGACGUUGGCGGCUGGAGGGUCCGCGCUGGACGCGGUUGAGAGCGGCUGUGCGGCGUGUGAGCAGGAGCGCUGUGACGGCACCGUGGGCUUCGGCGGCAGCCCCGACGAGUCCGGAGAGACCACCCUGGACGCCAUGAUCAUGGACGGUACUACCAUGAACGUAGGAGCAGUGGGAGAUCUUAGACGAAUUAAAAACGCCAUCGGUGUAGCACGAAAAGUACUGGAACACACGACACACACGCUGUUAGCAGGAGAGUCAGCCACCAAGUUUGCCGAAAGUAUGGGGUUUAUCAACGAGGAUUUAUCUACCGAUGCUUCUUGUGCCCUUCAUUCAGAUUGGCUUGCCUGGAAUUGCCAGCCAAAUUACUGGAGGAAUGUUACACCAGAUGCUUCAAAAUACUGUGGACCCUACAAACCACCUAGUAUCUUAAAGCGAGAUGGUUCUACCUACAAAGAAACGGGAGAUAGCUACGGUCAUGAUACUAUUGGCAUGGUUGUCAUCCAUAAGAUGGGAAAUACUGCUGCUGGUACAUCUACAAAUGGUGUAAAAUUCAAAAUACCUGGUCGAAUAGGAGACUCGCCGAUACCUGGAUCUGGGGCCUAUGCCGACGACACUGCAGGGGCUGCAGCCGCCACCGGGGACGGCGACAUACUGAUGCGCUUCCUCCCAAGCUACCAAGCUGUAGAAUAUAUGAGAAGAGGAAAAGACCCAACCACAGCAUGCCAAAAAGUGAUUUUAAGAAUCCAGAAGUAUUUUCCCAACUUCUUUGGGGCUGUGGUAUGUGCUAACGUGACUGGAAGUUAUGGUGCUGCCUGCAAUAAACUUUCAACAUUUACUCAGUUUCAUUUCAUGGUUUACAAUCCUCUAAAAAGUGAGCCAACUGAGGAAAAAGUCGACUGCAUCUAAUCCAUCUUUUCUGUCCGCAUCUAUAUUUAAAGAAGAAAGAAACAGAGGCUGAAAAGGCUACUCACUGUCAUCGUAUAAUGUGCCUCAUGUAUUCUAAAAUUCUUUGUGUAAGAUAAGCACAAAAAUUUUAUGCUAAAAGAGCAUUUUCACUUUCUAUAUCUCAAAAAUGUUUAUUAUCUGUUUUUAUUUAAGCUUUGUAUAUCCCCUGAAAAUGAAUAUGUGUGUGUAUGUAUUUUGUAUAUGUUUAAAUUUUGAGUGAUAUUUGGAUUUCUGCUCAGUGUUUCAAGAAAUUGCUCCUUUGGGGAUUUAUUUCCAUAGUGAUAUAGUAAAGCCACAAGAAAUAAUCUAUAUUUGGAUACUUAAAAUAAUUAGAGUAGCCAACGUUUUUAGACCCAAAGAAAAAAGUAACAAUGAGUCACAGCAUGGUAAGUCCUGAUUGAAUCUCAGUACCUUAGAGUAAUAUGUCUCUUAUCACUGGUUAUCAGUUGUACAUAACGGUCUCUUCUAGCUUGAAGAGGAAAGAAUGCUGUUAAUCAUAAAGGUGCGUUUUGUUCAGCACGUAUUAGAAAACGUGGGCCGUCUUCUGACGAGCAACUGUUGAUUUUCUUGGGCUUUUUCCUCUGAUGGUGCUCUCAAUGUGUGAAGGUUUUUAGCCACCAAAAAAAAUCUCUGACCUUUUAGCUACAAAUAUUUUGUAUUGAUAAUUUCUUACGGAAAUGAUUUAGGGAACUUGAUCUGUACUGUGGUUUUACUAAUCUCUUGUGCAGAUGUUGGUGGUUUGAAUUAGCAGUGAGUCAGUAACUCUCGUCUGCCUUGUUUUCCUGAGCGCUCGGUCAGCCGUCUGCGGACAACUAGACAGGACUGUAAGUGGGCUUUCUCACUAUCAUCUUUGCCUUCAUUACCUUCCUUUUACAUCAGGAGUCAUUAAUAAAACUGCAUGUACAAUAUUGUCCCCCACCUUCGGUAUAUCUGCUCCGUUUUGUCCUACACUCAUCUUAAGAUUUAAUGCUCUUUGUAAGUUAGGGCUAGAAAGCUGUAGUUUUGAGAACGCCCUCAGGUCACCUGUUCUCAGGCCUUGCCCUGUGUCGUCACCGUCUGGGGAGCCUCGGCACAAAUGCCCUCUGCUCUGUCCCACCCAAGCAGAGUCCUCACAAAUGGGAACUUGCAAGCUGGACUCAGCAGCUGCUGACGGCAGCCUGAGAGCUAGUAAGGAAGCAGUCCCGCAGCCUCACACUCACAGAGCGGAAGGGGAAAUCUGACUUUUGUGGGUUCCCCCAAGGCACCUCGACUUGCUGACAUCUGAUACGGGGCCUUGGAACAAGGGAAAGCAGCCAGAUUUAACCUGGGAGUGUAUUUACCUCAAGACGAAAUGCCUGUUCUGUGCGUGUGCCAUCCGCUGACGUGUUAGGCAGCCAUGUAUGACCAGAAAAAUGAGUUUGAAAGUCUUCAUGGCCUGUUACUCCCCAGCAAAUUAGAAGUUUAGCCGAUCCUGAUUUAUAGAAUUCUGACCUGAAGUUGUUAGACAUACCUAUGUGCACUAUAUACACAUAAACAAAAAAAGGGUCUGUUUCCAUUACCAGCACUCAAAUGAUCCCUUUUUGUUUCAAAAGGCAAAUGAUAAGCAUAAUGCCUUUUUAAUUGAGAUAUCAUACAUAGACUAUAAUAUACUUUUAAAGCCCAUAAUUUUUAAUUGUUGGACUUCUUUUUAAAGUGUUAUUACAUCUGAUGCUUGGUAUUUGAAUUUGGAGCUAAGAACAUAAUUGAACUCAGUAUCUUAAUAGUUUAAUUAACUUCAUUUGAAUUAAAAACUGAUGACAUAAAUAUGUAUCUUAAUUGGAUGCUAAUUAUGAAAAUAGAUUAAGACCUGUUUAUGUCACUUUACUGGUCAUAUUUUAAAAAAGAUUCCUAGACCUUUAAAAAAGCUUCUAAAAAGGCAUAUUUAAAUUUUUUGCUUGUUUUCUUGAGUAUUAUGCUAUUUAUGUGUUACUCAAUAUAUACUCAACCCCUGUCUUAGGAAGUUAAAAAGAUGAGAUAACAAGGUCUACAAAAAUUGUUCAUCUGCGAAUUGUUUGUGCCCCAUUUGUGCUAUAUGAUGAGUCUUUUCAUAUACAACCCAGGGUCAGCCAGUAAAGAGGUGCCAUAUUUCAGUAUUUGGAAAAGCAUAGCCAUUUGAAGGAUAAAAUCAUUGCCACAUUCAAAGUGGAUAUAAUGGGGAAAGUUAAAGCUGCCAUCAUCAACCUAUUUGCUUCUGAGUUAAAGGGACAGGAAGUCAUAUAGUUCUAAUGCAGGGACAGUGCACUAAAGAAUUGGUCAACUGAUUUAAACUUGUGACCUUUCUAUGCUGUGCAUUAGACGUGGUUGCUCACGUAUUCUCUUUAAUUAAAAUUUGGUUUCUAGAACGUGGAUAAUAUGAGAAAAAUCAGGUAUUAGAGUAGAUGUGGGAAAACAAAGUCCCUACCAAUUGCCAGCAAUCUGUCUCUAUUUCUUUCUAACUUGUGCAAAAUCCUUAAACACCAUAAAUGUCAAAACACUUCUUUCCAUUCCUAAAUAAAACCAAUGUCAUUUGUC